AUGGUAGUCUGCGGUGUGCGCGCACCGAUUCAUCUAUUUGCUCUUUUUAUUCUGAAACCGAUCCUCUGAUUAUUGACUGACAACAGAAUACUUUGCUCGUGAACUUGGCUGAAAUGAGUUGAGGAGCUUCGCGUAGUGUUUCUCUGCCAACUUCUGUUGGCCCUGCUAAACAUUUUUUUUGGGGUGCUGUCAUUGACUCACAUAGUCAUGUGAGUUGCAGAGGGGCGAACUGAGGGGGUGGGGGGGGGGGGUACUGUAUUUUUGUCACAUUUUCCUACGGAGCGGAGGUCCGGACCACUGAAUGAGAGUUCAAACGUUUUGGGCCACGUCACUGUGAGACAUUUGACCUCCACUCCGCCUGCCCACAGCGUGACUUCCUCCCGUGACGAGGCGGCGCCGGUGGCAAACGGAUGUUGGCGGCACUGCGUCAGGAUCAAUCGCGCCGCCAGCAUCGAGCGGCGCGGCCCGAGGGGCUCGCUCUGCAAAUUGCUCACAAGGCCUUUUGAGGCGGUCGUGUCACAGAGGCCGUGAUGUCGGACGACAGAAAAAUGACCGCAGUCCUGUGAUGUCACAAAGCGGGAAUCGUCCUCCCACCCCGCCGCCUUGGCCGUUUGUUUGUCGGUAUCGUAUCGGGGCGAUUUUCGGGAGCAACAUGCCGUUUCUCUUCCUGGGUUUUGCUCUGGGAGCCGUGGCCACCAAAACGCUGAGGACCGUCGUGGGCGGCCAGCCGCCGUCACCCGCCGUUCGCGCGGGAAGCGUCGACAUGUGGGACGACGAGCCCCUGGCGGGGGCGGCCGACCAAAAGAGAAGCCCGCUGAAGAAGAUCUGCCGCUUCGCCAACUACUGCAACAACUGCUGGAUGAACUCCACGCUGCAAGCCACGCUGAACCUCAACGUGGUCCGGCGGAAGCUGCCCGAGCGCAUCCAGCAGUUCGUGACUUUACUCUCGGAGAUGCCGGCGUUCGCCUGCCUCUACCUGAGCGCCCUGGAGAACCCGGGCGUGUGCUUCACGGCGGCGGAGCUUUGCGUGGCGCUGGCCGAGCUCUGCGACCGCGUCCCGGCGCUCAUCCUGUACGAGAACAACGACUCUGUGGACCUGCUGGUGCCGCUCUUGUCGUGGUUCGACCGCUGCGGCAUCCGCACCGGCAUCAAGGUGCGCGACGUCAACCGCUGCCCGCGCUGCCACGUCACCACCUCGUCCGUCUCCAACUUGGGCAACGUCGUCACCUUGCCCAAGCCGCUCAACGGCGAGACGCUGGGCUCGUUGAUUAAGCGCGCCACGGGCGGGCGGCGGGGCCGCUGCAAGGCGUGCGGCCACAAAACGGUCCACAAGCAGUUCUGGACCCAUCCGGACAUUUUGACCUUCUUCGUCAACCGCAUCGCCGGCGACGGCUUGGUCAGCCACGACCGCGUCUACUCGCCCGAGCGGCUGGAGAUGGACGUGGACGAGAACACCAAGCAGACGUACCGCCUCUCCUCCGUCAUCUGCCACGCCGGCGUGGACCGUCAUAGCGGACACUUUUGGUCCUACUUGUUUUCGGGCGACGUUACCAUCGAGGCUAACGAUACUUACCUGUCCUUUACCGACCAGGGUCCGCCCGAUAAGGUCUACAACAACGGCACCACCUACCUCUACGAAGUUUAGCGGUGGGAUCGAGUCCACGACGGCGUCACGCAUCGCGACGACAAGGCGCCGCCAUAUGACGACGAGUACGUAUGAAAUGGCGCCACCUCGGGCUGGCUUCGGUCAGCGCCGCGCUUUCAUCUGGAGGCAAAAGCAAAACUUCUGCGGUGGUACCGAAAGUGUCCGGGCCCCCACGCGCCAACGGGCGGCGGGCCGAAGAACCUUUCUGCUUUCGAGUCAGAGGCUCGAUGGCGGCUGUAAUUCUCAGACGGGGUUUU